AUGGCCAUGCCUCUAGCUAAAAAGGCUGUCGCACCGCUUGUAACUGGUGCUUUAUCCGGUUUAGCCAGUCUUGGUGUGGAUAAAAUAUUUGGAAAGGGCCAACGGGAAGGUUUUCUUAUUCCACAGGAUAAAAUAGCGCAGCUGAUUGCGUACAAGCAUGUACUAUCCGCGGGCCAGAAAAAAGAUAUUCUUAAUGCUCUUCAAUCAGGGGGUCAAUUAGUUAUCAAACCGACGAGAACAGAACAGGGUGGGUUUAUAGGAACUCUACUAGCGAGUAUAGGUGUCCCUCUGUUGCUAAAAACAUUGACGGGAGGAACUCUCCAAGCCGACAGAACCGGUUCCAGUAAAAAUACAGUGUCAGCAUACGUUCCCGAUGCAACUAACGGCCACGGAAUAGAUAAUCCGCACCCUUACAUGUCACCACCCUUUUUUGGAACAUGGGAAAACCCAGUUGGCUCGGGAGAAAAAAAAGGACAGGUGCUGCUGCUCGGCAAAAACAGUCCAUUCAAUUCAAUCCCAAUUCUAGGAACAAUACGAUCAAAUUCAUAAAAAAACCAUCGUCAAAUAUUGAUUUGUUACACUGGGUCAAACAACUUGGAAUGAAAUAUUUCAGAGGUAUUUACAGCCGUGAUAAUUUACCAAAUAAAAUACACAGAUUGGAAACAGGAAUAAUCAAUUUAGACAAUUCAUUAGGCGGGGGCAGUCAUUGGAUUUGUUAUAGAAAUGUGGAUAAACAAUUUUGUGAAUACUUUGAUCCGUUUGGAUUAAUCAUGCCCAAUGAAAUCAAAAAUUAUCUGAAAACAAGCGGUAAAAAAAUGGUGUAUUUAUCAGAUGAAAUACAAGAAAGAGAUAGUGCCUUGUGCAGUUAUUGAUGCUUAUAUUAUCUUUUGGAGAGACAAAAAGGUAGAUCAUUAUUAGAUGUUAUACAUAAUACGAAAUUCAGUUUCACAGAUCAAAUGAUAAAUCACCCAUUUCUGAUAAAAUAUUUUAAACAAUAAUAAUAAUAAUAAUCCAUUUAUAUAGCGCCUUUUCUACAAGAUUCAAAGGCGCUGUUUACAAAAAAUUAGAUAGAAGUAAAAAGUAAAAAUAAUCGAAAGAAAUUGACAUUAAAACUAGACGCUAACUACAAAAUAGAUAAAUGUACACAAUAGAUAAAAACUCAGAUAACAAAUAAAAACGUCACGAUUCAUAAGCUCGCAUAAAAAGAAAUGUGACUAAGUCUGCGUUUAAAAUCAUCAAUUAAGUUUGCAGAUUUAAUAUCCUCAGGUAAGUUAUUCCAAAGUUCCGGAGCAGCAACAGAAAAAGCUCGUUUACCAUACGAAUUGAGAUUAAAAUAGGGUUUAACUAAUAAAUUUCUCUUAGAGGAUCUAAGAUUGCGGCUGGGUGUAUACAAUUGAAGGAGUUCCUGUAUAUAGAUUGGAGCUCGAUCAUGUAGUACUUUGUAAGUAAUUAGCAUAAUUUUAUAUUCAAUACGAAAGGAGACAGGGAGCCAGUGAAGAUCCAUCAGGACUGGAGUAAUAUGGCAAAAUCUUGGACACUGGUUGACAAGGCGAGCAGCAGAAUUUGAACAUGUUGAAGCUUCCGAAUAAGAUAGGAUGGUAGCCGUACAAUAAAGAAUUACAAUAAUCAAGUUUAGAAACUACGAAGGCAUGAAUAACGAUUUUUGCAGCAUCAUAAGUAAGAUAUUUUCGUAUGAAACCAAUGUUACGAAGAUGGAAAAAGGACGAUUGACAGACUGCAUUGACAAGAGGUGCCAUACAAAGGGACUGAUCAAAGAUAACUCCAAUAUUGUGUGCACUGGGGGAGCAGGAUACAGUCUCAUUACAUAUAUCAACAGAAGAUAGUGGUGGCCGAGGUCGAUAGGAAGAGGAUAUUACGAGAACUUCGGACUUGUCUUUAUUUAAUUUCAGCUUGUUGAAAAGCAUCCAUGCGUCCAUGUCCCGAACAUAGUUUACCAAUUUGGCGUUACUCAGAUUCAUAUCAGAAACAGACCACGUCCUGAACGUAAUAUAUAGCUGAGUGUCAUCAGCAUAAAAGUGAUAGAACAUUUGAUGACGUCGAGCAAUCUCGCCAAGAGAGGAUGUGUACAUUGAAUAUAACAACGGGCCAAGAACGGAUCCCUGCGGUACACCAAACUCAAGAACAUGAGAAGCAGAGCACGCACCAUUAACCUGCACAAACUGUGUACGAUCAGAAAGAUAUGAUCGAAACCAUUCCAAUACAGUUCCAGUAAUUCCAAAGCGAUUGGACAGUCGCGAAAGUGAUUAGAAGACAAAUAAAACACCUCUCUAGGCAACAGCGUAAAACACGCAGAUGGUCUGAGACCAUCUUUAUUACCCCACCAAAAGGCCCCACCAAAACGGCGGGUCAGGUCCCAGACCAUUUUUAUAUAACAUACAUAUAUUAAUGGUGAAAUCUUCUUGUGUUAAACAGAAGAAACAAACAGAAUGUCUAGAGCCCUCGGGCUAUAAAACAGCCAAAAAUGGUAGACUUAUGUUUUGGUGCACUUGCGCUGAAGUUUAAAAAAAGUUUAAAUUUGUAAAGAAGGGAAACUAAUUGGGCCCUCUGAAGCCGGGGGCGAUUUGUUAGACACCGCUGUAGGAACAGCUACUGAUCUAUUUGUACAUCACGGGCUUCCUUGGAUGGGUAAAAAGGUAGUUGAAAUGGGAAGAUAUUAUGGCUCAGAGGCGCUCAGAAACCCUAAAUUACAGAAAAAAGCCAUCGAUUACGCUUUGGAUAAAUUGAGUCCGAUGAUCCAGAAUGUUGGUUCUCAAGCUCUUGACCAAUUAUCAACCAAAAUACGGCCAAAGAAAAACUAUAAAACAAACAGAAAAGAUCUUGAUGGAGGUGUAAUAGAUAUACAUAAACAGAUUGGUAAAUUACCAAAACCAGCAGGUGGAUGGACUUUACCAGGCCAUAAAUAUACAGGCCCGUAUCAUGAUUUAGAAAACCAAGUAAGGUGCAAUCCAGAAACUGGUGAAAUAUUAGAAAUUUAUGAUCAACCAACUAGGGCGACAGAUGCUGUGGCCAUGCAACAUGACGUCGAUUAUAGUGUCUGUGGAGAUAACCGGAAGUGCAAAAAUAAGGCCGACCGUAAAAUGGUAAAAUCGUUGGACGCCAUACCUUGUAAUGAAAGACAAUGGGGCCACUGGUUAGCUAGAAAUCUAAUAAACACAAAGCAGAAACUCGGACUCGGUUUAAACUAGAAAAGCCGUCGGGUAUUAGUUGGCAACAGCAAUUAGCGGACGAAUUACAUAAACCAAUAAAGCGCAACUUUACUCGGCGACGCGUUAUUACAACCGGUAUCCACAGAAUUGGGUGCUCCGAUCUGGUUGAAAUGCAACAGUUCAGCAAAUGGAACAAGGGUUACAGAUAUCUUCUAAUGGCGUUGGAUCUGUUCUCCAAAUAUGGCUGGAUUGUCCCAUUGAAGGAUAAAAGGGGGGAAACCGUUACAGAAGCAUUCAAAGCCAUCUUCAACGAGGGCCGUAAACCACAAUAUCUUUGGACUGAUAAGGGGAAAGAAUAUUACAGCAAAAAUAUGAAGAACUGCUGGAAAACAAUGGCGUAACACUAUACUCAACCGAAAAUGAGGAAAAAUCUAGUAUUUGUGAAAGAUGGAACCGUACACUUUAAACGAAAAUGUGGAAACAGUUUACUGUCCAGGGUAAUGCCAUAAAUUAGGUGGUGGUAAUACCACCUAAUUGGACGGAAGAGAUUUUCCUGGUCGAUAAAGUCCAAUCUACAAACCUAAUCACCUGCAGAUUAAAGGAUCUCAACAACGAGGAAAUACAAGGCUGCUUUUGUAAGCCUGAAUUUUUGCCGGCAAAACAAGAUACAUUCCGCAUUGAAAAAGGUCAUUCGGAGGGAAUAUAAGAAAAAACAAGCUCUUGUGAAAUGGUUGGGUUAUAGUGACGACUUUAAUUAUUGGAUUCCACUAAGCAGCUUCCAAGAAUUGUCUAACUAAUAGUAUAUAUGGACAGUCAUAUAAGAAAGCUAGAUACUAGAAUUAGUAAUAGGGAAUCCGAACUUAAGGCACUAUACACUAAAAUCCAAAAAUUGGAGGAAGAAAUUACCACAUUACACCACAAGAAAUUAAUCUCCAAAAAAACUGGAAACAGCUGAGAUGCCAUUAACCGGCGUCCUGGUUGCGAUCUUUGAAACGGGAGAAGAGAAGGAGAAAGAGUAAACUACCAUCGGACCCAAAAUGGGGACGGCAACAAAUAGUGAUAUUAGAGGCAAACUAAACAAAACAGCUUUGUUGGAGUAACGAAACGUUACCUCAACCCAGAUUAUUGCCCUGUCGAAAUGAAGGGUCAACAAAAUGCCAACGGACCCAAAAUGGGUCCGGUGGGUUGGGGUGGUAAAACGCUGCCUCAUCAAAAUGACACAGGAGGUAAACUACUUAAAGAGAUAUUAAUAUAUACUAUAUAUAAUGGUGUAUUUGUUGGAAAAGAAACAUGUCAAUCAAUAUAUGAAUAUCGAACUGACUUCAUAUAUUGAUAAUAAGCAAAAUGUUUGGUCCAAGGGUAAAGACUUUGCUAAGAUCCUUGGAUAUAGUAAUACAAAAAGGCAAUAUGAACACACAUUGAUGAACAUGAUAAACAACGAAUAUUUACUCCUCAUGUCAGCGGACCCAAAAUGGGUCCGUUGGCUCCAAGUGGUGGUAUAUGCACAUAUAUUAACGAGUCUUGUUUUUACUCCCUUGUAUUAGCCUCAAAAUUAGAAGCUGCGAAAAAGUUCAAACAUUGGGUAACGUCGCAAGUCCUUCCUUUUAUCCGUAAAUAUGGCCAAUACAAACUUUUUGAUAGUCCUUGGAAUAAAAUGAUCAUGACUGGCAAUGAGACCGACCUCCAUUAUAAAGUGGUGGAUAUGAUAAGAGGAUUCUAUCCAGAUACUAUAUUAGUAGCCGGCCUUGGGGAACUACAAGACACUGGGGACAAGCGACUGGACUCAUAUAAAAAGGGAUAUAUGAGAGGGCAGCCAGACGUACUGGUACUACCAUAA